GCGGGGGCAGUCGCUGUGUGGUCCCGGUCCGCCAAGUUGACGCUGCCGCCUCCGCCGCUGCCGCUUUCUUCUCAUUGGCGUGGUCUUUUUGUCCCGUAUUUUCUUUUAGAUUUACACCUUAUUUGUCCUGUCCUGUCAGAUAAACCGAGAUGGGGAAGAAGGAGGAAGAGGAGAUUAUCAGAAUCGCGAAAAAGAUGGAUAAAAUGGCGCAGAAGAAAAACGGGGCCGGGGCAUUGGACCUCUUGAAAGAGCUGCGCAGUGUACCCAUGACUCUGGAGCUACUUCAGUCCACCAGAAUUGGAAUGUCUGUUAAUGCUAUACGCAAGCAAAGCACAGACGAGGAGGUGACGUCUCUCGCCAAGUCCCUGAUCAAGUCUUGGAAGAAGCUACUGGAUGAGCCCGGAGGUGGAGAAAAAGCUCCAGAUGAGAAGCGAAAAGAGCAAACAACACCCAUUGUCUCUCCCUCGCAGGAAAGCCCAGAGGCAAAAGAAGAGAGCAGCUCGAGCAGUAAUUCCAGCAGCAAAAGCGAAACCUCGGAAGUCGCUUCCAACACGUUUACCACCUCCUUCCCUCGUGCCCCAAACACCUGCGACUCCAUCCGGCUCAAGUGCAGAGAGAUGCUGGCCAGUGCUCUGCAGACCGGAGAGGAUCACAUUGCCAUUGGUGCUGAUUGUGAGGAGCUUGGAGCACAGAUUGAGGAAUUUAUCUUCCAAGAGUUUAAGAACACCGAUAUGAAAUACAAGAACCGCGUUCGGAGCCGAAUCUCGAAUCUCAAGGAUAUGAAAAAUCCCAAUUUAAGGAGGACCGUGCUUUGCGGGAGUGUAACGCCGGAGCGGAUAGCCAAGAUGACCGCAGAGGAAAUGGCCAGUGAUGAGCUGAAGGAAAUGAGGAAGAAUUUGACCAAAGAAGCUGUCAGGGACCACCAGAUGGCCACCACCGGGGGCACUCAGACUGAUUUGUUCACCUGUGGCAAAUGCAAGGGGAAGAACUGCACCUACACACAGGUUCAAACUCGAAGUGCUGAUGAGCCGAUGACCACGUUUGUCUUCUGCCAACAGUGUGGAAAUAGAUGGAAGUUCUGCUGAAUCUGCUAGCGUCAUCUACGGCACUCCCGACAAGUAGCAAAAUUCCCGGACCAGGUUCUGUCCACCUGCAGCAGAGCGAAGCUUUGUAUUCUGUGGUUACAUUGUACUCAACAUCCAAGAAGCCGCUACGGUUACCGUUUGAGUAAAUGUCUUGGUCAUAGAUUGAGCUUGUUGUCACUUCCCUUAAGCCCACCCCCCCCCACCCCUUUAAAUCUCUUACUGUUAUUAGUUGUUUGUCGCUGUCAGAUAUACGCCAUGAAUCUUGUGUCAUUCUCUUUUAUCUGCGUUUUUAUAUGUAGUUUUAACACUUUGGAUAAUAUUGUUUUUGCUUUCCCAGCACAGCAUUGUAUUGUUUUAUUUAAUUCCCCAAUAAAGUGUAAUCCAUUUGAUUAAAAA